CGAGAGGUCUAUUACAGUAAUUACUAUACCUCACCAUGUGUCACAGUCAGGGAGCCAGAAAGGAGAAUGUAGAGAGGAGUGUGAGAAAAGCUAUAAAUGUAGGUUGGUUGAGUGGAACCACUUUAGCCUUAUUUCCUUAUGAGAGUUUGUUUUAGGUAAUGUGCACUCUAUUACCCGACUUAAAUGAAAUGUGUUUGAGUGGCUUUGGUGGCCGUGUAGUGAUUCUCAGAGGCGUACUGCAGUUUGUCUCAGGCUGCCAGCCCAGCCGUGGUCGUGGAACCUGCAGGACAUCAGCAGCUCAGCCUCAGAGCAGGAGAGGAGAGGGAGGGAAGGUAGAUAAAUAAGCCCAUAAAGGAUGCUUUGAGUCAGGCGGAGAGGUGGAGAGGAGAGGGGGCUCCUGUAAAACAGUCCCGAGGCUUAUUAGAAGCUGCUGGCUGCAUUGCAGAGAGAUAGGGAGCUAGCUGGGGUGUCCAGGCAGGGAAGGCAGAAAAGGCGAGGAGAGGGGGGGGUUAAAGGAGAGAGGAGCUGUGAAGGAGAAGCUCAGCAGUGUCGGUUUGUCAGCCAGCCAGCCAGGCGGGACAGUGUUACAGAGGAAGAGAUAGGGAGAAGGAUUUAGGCUGUGCUGCAAACAGGGGAUGCAGAGACGAGUUGUUAUUGCAGCACAGGACAGAAGAAGAGGGGGUGAGGAAACCUGGGGAUGAUUCAUUGCAGGGGGGCAAAGAAGAAAUCAGACUUGAGGACGCCGCCAAGAUUGAGCGCCCAACUUUGGCUCUCAAUCAUAACCUUCACCAUCGCUUUGGCCCCAUGCUCAUGAUGGAAAUCAGGAGCUGGGAUGGAGCGCACCAGAGGCAGAGACCAGACUAGCUGCUGCCCCCAACCUGUAAUUUACAGAUGUAAGACUGCACCAGCACCUCUGAUCACAUCUCAGCUGGGGGGCUUCAUGCCCUGGAACAGUCCUGGGAGAUAGAGGGAAGUCGAGGAGGAGGAGGAGGAGGAGGAGGAGGAGGAGCAGAGGCUGGAGGCUGGCUCAGAGAAGUGGUGGAGGGUAGUGGUUUAAACUGCCUGCUAUAUUUUUGGAUGUGGGAUCUCCUGAAUUAAGCGAGCAAGCUGGAAUAAAGAUGUAGUGUGAGCUUGUGGAAGGAGGGGGACAGAACAAGGAGAGUGCUGUGCUGAGGAAAGGAAAGGGCUGGACGUCCCGGCUUGACGGACGGACCAGACAGACGGAGAUCUGGGGGGAGUCCUGAGGGGGAGAAGAAGACAGACGGUCCACUGGAUCAGGAAGCUGGGUAAAAGUCCCUGUCCUGAGGCCAAAACCAUCAUUCAGUAACACCUCUCCACCUGGACUGCCCAUCCAGUCAGAUGGCCUGGAUGCAGGAAAUCCUUCCCAUGUAGCACUGCCACUCCUGGGAUACAACUGGGGAUAUUACUACUGAUUCGAUUAAUGUGUUUUUAACCUGGAAAUGUUGAUAAGCUCUACAAUGACUCUUUUUUUUACCUUUUUUUCCUUAGAGUUUUUUUUACCUUCAUCUUUACCUUUUUUGGAAAUUUAUUUCUAUGUGGAAAUUUGGAAUUAUCUGCAUCCAGGAUUAUUUGUAAAAUGAUGACCUGGUGGUCCUGGAAUUUUCUUUGCAAACAUGGAUCCUAAUCUGGAUCUGGAUGUAGACUUGAACCACAUGCACAUAUUCUUGGUGAAUGUGGCCAGCAUCACUACAAAAUCACUCUGGAUACAGGGGUGAAAUAUAAAGCCACAACUUCAGGUUCUGCUUAUUAUUAUACUAUGAGUUAUGCAAGGACUACAAAACUGUUAGAUAUGUCAUUUUUACCACACUUACUUCAGAAAUGUGACUUUUUUCCAGAGAGAUUGAAUUCAUACUGAAGAUUAUGGUGAUGGUAAGAUGCCCUCUCGCUGCAGGAAUGCGCUGAACAUCGUGGUCACCACCCUUUUUGCUGCGGUGGUCCUCUUCACCAUUCUGCUGGCCUAUGUCACAGGCUACCAGUUCAUCCACACUGAGCAGCACCACCUCUCCUUUGGCCUCUAUGGUGCUUUCCUCUCCCUUCACCUCUUCCUCCAAAGCCUUUUUGCCUUCCUGGAGCAUCGGCGGAUGAGGAGCCCCGCCCAGCCUCAGCACCUCCGUCGCUCCGUGGCCCUCUGCAUUGCAGCCUACCAGGAGGACCCAGACUACCUGAGGAAGUGCCUUCGCAGCGUCCGCCGAAUCUCAUUCCCUGGCCUGAAGGUGGUGCUGGUUGUGGAUGGGAACCGGCCUGAGGACCGCUACAUGAUGGACAUUUUCCAGGAGGUGAUGGGCGGGGCUGACCAGGCUGGCAGUAUGGUGUGGAAGGGAAACUACCACAGUGAUGGGAGUGGAGGAGGAGGUGUCAGAGGUGGAGGGAGGAGCACAGUGCACAUGGAGGAGGCAGCAAGAGUGGCUCAUCUGGUCAGAGGCUUCUGCUACUCCUGUAUCAUGCAGGAGUGGGGAGGGAAAAGAGAGGUGAUGUACACUGCCUUUAAAGCACUGGGGGACAGUGUGGAUUAUGUGCAGGUGUGUGACUCAGACACAGUUCUAGACCCAGCGUGUACCAUAGAAAUGCUGAAGAUUCUUGAGGAAGAUCCAAUGGUGGGAGGGGUCGGCGGAGACGUGCAGAUCCUUAACAAGUAUGACUCGUGGAUCUCCUUCCUCAGCAGUGUGCGCUACUGGAUGGCCUUCAACAUCGAGCGGGCCUGCCAGUCCUACUUUGGAUGCGUUCAAUGUAUCAGCGGUCCUCUGGGGAUGUACAGGAACUCCUUGCUCCAGCGCUUCCUGGAGUCCUGGUACCACCAGACCUUCCUAGGUUCAAAGUGCAGCUUCGGUGAUGACCGCCAUCUCACCAAUCGGGUGCUCAGCUUCGGCUACAGGACAAAAUUCACAGCGCGAUCGCAGUGCCAGACUGAGACGCCGACCCAGUAUCUGCGCUGGCUCAACCAGCAGACUCGAUGGAGCAAGUCUUACUUCCGUGAGUGGCUCUACAACGCCCUGUGGUUCCACAAGCACAGCCUCUGGAUGACUUAUGAGUCUGUGGUCACUGGCUUCUUCCCCUUCUUCUUGGUUGCCACAGUCAUCCAUCUCUUCUACCGUGGAAGGCUGUGGAACAUCCUGCUCUUCUUACUGACGGUCCAGCUGGUUGGGAUGGUGAAGGCCACCUAUGCCUGUUUCCUGCGUGGCAGCCUGGUCAUGAUCUUCAUGUCACUCUACUCUCUGCUCUACAUGUCCAGCUUGCUCCCUGCCAAAAUAUUUGCCUUGCUCACCAUCAACAAGGCUGGAUGGGGCACUUCAGGCCGCAGGAAGAUCGUGGUUAACUUCAUAGGUGCUGUGCCUGUCACAGUGUGGGCUAUGGUGCUGCUUGGAGGUGUGACGUAUACAAUCUACUGUGAAACACAGGAGCCAUUCAGUGAGACAGAGAAAGCUUUGUUGAUAGCAGGGACGAUACUCUACGCCUGCUACUGGCUCAUUCUGCUGGUGCUCUACCUGGCAAUCGUAGCCAAACGGUGUAACAAGAGGGAAGAGCAGUAUCACCUGCCAUAUGCGGAGGCAUAAACCUGUUACCAGAGAAACUGGUAGGAUAUUCAUGCUGAGUUUCACUGCAGUGUGAUUCUAGCAAGGUCUCUGUUGACCUUGUAAACUGCUUGAGUGAUAAGCUGUGAACCAGGAACUCACUCACAUCUUCGUCACUGGUGCUAAAAAGGUAUGAAUCUAAAAGCACAGCAGCAGGAAUCUAAUUCAGCUGGGGGAGAAUCCAAGAUGACUGGAUCCAUACCGCUCUCCCAUUUAUAUCAUGUUCAAUGGUGCUUCACAUUGAAAAACCAAACCAAACAGAACUGACCCAGUUUAUACUGUGUGUUCAUACACUUGUAAUAGUGACUUGCUCAAAAGAAUAUUAGGUAGAUUAUGGGUACAGGUUAGCUGUAAAACUGUGACAAAAGGGUGCAGUAUGGUGCUUUUAAUGAAGCAGGAAAAGGGACAAAAUAAGACUAAGAGACAUAACGGUCUUACUUACUGGUUGGUCAUUUUUUCAUGUACUUCAUUUUAAUAAAGAUGAGAUGGGAUGAAAUGUGACGGAACUGAGCUUCUAUAAUAAGCAAUAAAUAAAUAGCAAGGCAAUUCUCUUAAAUUAGCCAAAGCACCUCUAUUUCAGAUAAGAGAAGGGAACCUCGCAUGGAUUUAGACAUUGGAGUGUAUUUUAAAGGUGUUCAGACAGAAGCAAAGCAAAUUUUAGAAGUGGUGCAAUUGCCUUGCAUGAAAAGACGCAAAUUUGUCAAGGCGGCGCAAAAUUGAGCGCCAACUUGAGCAUAAAAAUGUGUGCUGAUCUCUGCGUUUUUUUUAAUCUACUUUAUAAAAGUAUAGAGACAAGAGAAAAGGGAGAGCGACUGCAGGAAAAUAACAGAAAGAAGUGGAGUUCUUGGUGAGUUCUGAGAUUAGUCAGAAGUGACACACAAACACACACACAGCUACUCCACACACUGUUUGUGUAUGAGUUCCUAGCUAGCUACAGCUAAGGUCAGUACAGUUGGUACAUUAACUCUGUUUGUCAACAAUAUACAUGGACUGCAAAAACAGUCCAGCAAAAUUCAUGUGAACAUGUGUGUCACACCAUAAAGCAUAGAUUAGGAUUUUUACAAGUGUAACUUAAUACAAUACUCAAAUGCCAUAUGUUCAGUGCUUUCUCCUCUCCAUACUGGCUGUGAAGUGAUAUAUUUUUAAUGUCUACAAUUGUAGGCAAUGGGGUAAAAAAUCCACAGUCCUCGUUCUGUGUAAAAAUGCAUUCUAAAGUUCAGCCAGCUAAUAUGAGCAGUGUUGGCCAAGUUUCUUGAAAAUUAGAAUCAAGUAUUGAUUACACAUUACUCAUUGAAAAAACAAUUACAUUACUUUACUAAUUACUCAGCAGAAAGAGUAAUGCGUUACAUUAUUUUCGUUACUCAGCCCAGCUCCAUCAAAUAUGCCUUGAAACAACUCUAAAUCCUUUACACCCAUUCCAUCCUUUGUAUUUAACACGUGUAGAAAUAGAAAGCGAGACAUUGUGGUUUGAGAAGCAGCCCCACAAUUUGGAGGGAUUUACUUACCAUCUGGCAGCUAGCUUAGCCCCGACGACUGCACGUAGCUUCCUAGAAGUCCCAACCUCAGCUGUAUGGUUCUGCAGACCCUCCAACUCUAAAGAAAACUAUGUGUUUCCUGAACAUAGCCUUACCCGCGGCUAAUGUUAGCAAGCCAGGGCUUACCCGCGGCUAAUGUUAGCAAGCCAGCUAAGAAGGCACAACAUGUAAAUAAGAGAACUUUGGAAUGACUGGAAGCCACAUUUCUCAUUACCAGGAGUCGCAUUUCAUCUCUUCUGAUAGAGGCUAAUCGCCUCCCCCCACCUACAUCCGCUGUGCCAAGCUAGCACAUCCCAGAUCAGUCUCUCCACUGAACGCACAGAGACCAAACUGAUAUUAACCCUCCAUCAAACUCCCAAUGAGACAGCAAACAAGCUGACCCCCAAAAGUAACAGAACAAGAGAUUUCUGGGAUUAGUAAAUGUAUUGUACUGAAUUUCAAAUUCUAAUCCCUUACACUACUUACUGAAAAAAGUAAUCCCAUUAUUUACUCCCUAACAGCAGAUUGAGGGUAUUUACCAGUACGAAAUUCCCUCUUUGUUUUUCAACUUUGUGAGCCACAGCUAAGGGAUACUUUAUCCCCCAUCUCUUACAGUGUAGUCACGUUAGGAAGGUAUUUCUACAGAGUAUGGACAGGAGGAAUGAAUACAGUGACCUAAAACUCUUUCCACGUACAUAUGGGCAUGUGAGUAUUGUAUCAAGAACUGACUUGAAAAAUCCAAACCUAUCCUUUAAAAGUGACCAUAUUAGACAAAGACUUGCACUGAAAUUAACCAAUAUUCUGGAAAUACAGAGAAUAUGAUUUCUUUUGUCACACUACUUGCAAUUGGAUGUAAUGGUGUGGAUGUCUUCAGGGCAGAGACUAAGACAGCUUGUGUGGUUAUUCCGCAGCUUUGAGACCAGUCCUCAUGUACUCUCAUCAGCCAUGAACAGCACAAUCAUGUUCUCCAGCUGUAUUUUGUGGAGCAGCUAUGAUUUACCAGAACAGACAAUCUAAGAUUUCUGAACAUAUGACAUGCAGUUGUAUUUUUGGUGUUGUUGAGUAGUGUCAAAUGGGUAACUUAUUGUUGUACAUCGUGGUCCUAUUCUGAGUUUAAAGUCACCAGUGGGCCAUAGUUUCAUUCAGUGAUUCUCAGUAUUUUUUAAUAUGGUACUGGACACUAUUGUCUUAACUUUGGACAUUUGUGUCCUUUUACACUAGAUGUAGCCUUUGUUUAUUCAUUCCAUCAAGAACAGUGUAAAGACUAAAGACCAAAGAGAUUUUUUCUGAAGUGAGAAACUUGAGCUUUGCUUUCACUCUGUUUUUUUCAUGUUUUUAAAUUGCAUAUGAUUUCAGAUCAAACUGAUUCAGUUCUAAAAGAUAUGUUUAAAAAACUAAACACGUAGUCCAUUUGUCAAGUGUGAAGACCAUCAGCAUAUCUGUGCUUACACUGACAGCUGUCUUUUUGCUUUGGGCAGUGGACAUUUCUUCUUUGUACCAUUUAAGUUAUGUUCAUAUUGUUUUAUUUUGAGCAGGCUGUAUAAGUUUAAACUUGAAAGUUCAAAAAGGACACAGACAUUAAUAGUAAAUUGUGUUUAUAGACUCGGUCGGCCUUUCUGACGGUCAACCAGCGAUGCGAGAGGUCUUGUUUCUUGAUGCUGCUGCUUCCAUCUCUGUGCAUCACAGGAUACUGGAAUUUUCCUAAGUCGUUAAAAAAUGCUUCCUGUUUUGAACACAAUCCUCCCAUUCAUACCAAAUAGAGAAUGUCUCCAUGAUUUAAAUGACUGCAUUGAAAUUUUCCCCAUGCUAUCUGUUUCAAUAUUCUGAUUAUGUGUUUUGUUCACUGUAUUGUAUGUUUAUUUAAAAAAAAAAAGACAUGAAUUAAUUGGACUAGACAUUAACAUUAAAGGCCUAAAAUACUUAGGAAUCUGUACAAAAACAGGUCAUACUGAUCAACCUCCUUUUGUUAUAAUCUCCCUUGUGUCAGUGGAAGUAAACAGGUAAUUUAUUUUUUAUUAAAAUUUUCAGUUUGUACAUAAAAAACCCAAGUGGACACACCAGAAAUGAUAUAUAUAUUUUUUUAUUUUUACACCUGGCUGAGAUGGCAAAACAUUAAUGUAAUGCUGCUACUGUGGGGGUUAUUUAGCCAAAGUUUCAGAAAUGUUCUUAAAAAACCCCCACAAAAAUCUACAAUUGAAUGGCAUACCUAGUGUGUUGUUCACGCUAUCAAACACUUUCAUAUUAUAGUGUGUAAUGAACAUUGCACUUCUAGGGGCUGCUAGAUCUAGAUGGACUUUUAGUCUUAUUUUCUAACACAACUGAAUAAUCGCCCACAUCCAUGAACAUGGUCUUAUUUGAACUGAAUGAAGACUACUUUACAGGACCAACUUCAUGAAAAGCUACAUUAUUUGUAUCCACUGUAUUUCAUUCCAAACCAGUAUGUAGAGUGAAUACAGAUGAAGAGCUGUUUCACUGAUUAAGUUCUGUGAGAAAUGUCAGUCACUGAUUAAAACGACCAUGGUUCUAGGUAUGACUUUAAACACUUGUUGCCAGCAUUCCUGAGUGUGUGUGUGUGUGUGUGUGGUAGGGGUCUGAAUGCUGGGGAAAGGGGACAGGAGCUUUACAGCAGCUGAAUAAUUGGUCCCUUCAGUCACCAUGCACUAACAGGUUGGCUUUUUACUUCUGGUGACACACCUCAACAUAGGAACCGCCUUCAUCAAACAAACACACACAUACUUACAUGCUGUAAAUAUUCUGGCAACAUGUCAAAAUGCUGUAUGCUAGAAGACAAAUCAAAUAUUUUCAGAGUUUUUCUGUUUCUGUUCAUAUGUUCUUUCUGUAUUCACUUUAUUUUUAAUUAAUGUCUGCAGUGCUGCUCUAAGCCUUGCUAUACGUUACCACAGCAUCACAUUCAGAUUGUGACCAUGUGGCCAAUUCUGUAUCUUGAAGAUAUUUUACAUUUGACAUUUUAAUGCCAAAACUUUUACAUUUAAUCAGUGUGAAUCCUCAAAGGAGUCCACUAAUAGUCAGCUAAGGGCCAGUAUUGGCUCAAUCCUCACUCAGAGUCAGAGGGAGGGAGGGAGGUCCACACUGCAGCUUGCUUGACUUCUAUCCCUGUUCAUCUCCUCACCACGCUGUAGUAUAUUUACCACACUGAGUCUGUUUUCAGGAUGCAGCAGAACCACCUUCAUCACCCUGCUCAAUGUUCAACGUAAAAUGUUUACUCAUUCGCUCUCAAAGCAAAGGAAACUGGUGUGAGCAGAACCCUGUCGUUUGUACGUAGGAGGGACUAACUCGGUAGCUGAGCAAACCAAUUCAAUACAGUCUUGAGUUUCUGAAGAUUAACAUGGAUCCAUGCAGGGGCAACAGGUUGAGCUAUUUAAUCAAGGAGUGUACUUUCAUUUCACAUUCCAUAACCAUUUCCUAAUGAAAAAGGCAUGGUUUUUCUAAUGCUGAAUUGUUGAGCCAUGCCAUCAGUGUGGAAAAUAACUUGAUGAUGACAUCAUCAGGGUUACUGGACUAGUCUCCAAGCUUGGGCUUGUAGACUAAAAUUCAUAACAGAAAUACUGCGUUACAAACUGGAGCUGUGGAGUUUGAAAAACAUGGGUCAGGCAGGGAGGGUCUAAUGAAAAGAUGCUAUUGAGUUUCAUUAUAGGAAGUGUAGAAUACAGUGUUUUUGGAGCUUGACCCAAACUAGGGCCUAAAAGUCACGAUAUCUCAGCCUUUGCUGCUUCAAUUUUCAGUUUUGUCCCCCCAACUUCAUGGAAGUGUAACACUAAAAGGCUGACAUACCCCUUCAAUGAAGCUUAGUGCAAAUUUGGUGAACUAUCAGAGAAUGCCUACUGGAGGACGGUCAGUUUGAAAGCUGUAGAUUUUAGUCAGUUUUGUCUUUUGCAAUAGAAACUGAACAACAAGCACCGUCAAUUAUCGGUAGGCUAUGUAUGCUGCAGCUGGUGCUUAAAUCUGAGAAUAUUUGGACAAAAGUUGAAUGUGUACUGAAAAUGAACACAUUUUGCAAACCUUUUGAGACUUGCUACCCAAGUCCAAACAGCACCUGUGACCUGCUGUUCUGCUAUAAACUUUAAAGAGUUUAUGAUUCAUGUUAAGUUAUAUACACCAAUUACGUAGCUAUGUCUCUCAGUGCCAAAUGAAGAUAAUACAAACAACAUAGUUAGGCAACAAAUUACAUUUAUUGAUGUACAUAAUGUUAAUCUGUCCACUUAGAUUUUUUAAAUUUAAACUGUAUUUUCCAGACUUACAGUCAUUGAAACCUUAAGUCCGUCCCAAUACCCACACUGCGGUAUUUGCGAGUAGUCAAGUGCCUACUUCUUUAACAUAUUUCUGGUAACUAACAUCGAGUGAAUGAAUGGCUUCGGGCUGAUAAAAAUGGAGGUUGUGGAGGUUCUGCCAUAACUUUGUAGUCUUUGGAAAUUAAUAAUAAUAUUCAUGCUGAAUCCAGCAUGUGAUAAACUUAUACUUCUUCACGUCUACAGAUUAUUGUCGGUCACAAAAACAGCUUAUAGGAGCAUUACCACCAACAGCGCAGAAGACCGAAUUGUGGGAUACAUUUAGUUCGGAAGGAAUACCGCUUCAAGACAGUAUUAGGAAAAGUGCACAUCCAGUGAGGGUUAAGUGUAUUGUAUUAAGUGUGUUGGCAUUUUUCCGACAUGAAACUUGUCUAGUACCUGCUGUUGUGUGAACGCACACUUAAAUGCUCAAGACAGUGUCUUGUCCCAUUCUUAUUCCACUGUUGUACUCAGCUCGCCUUGCACCACAUAAAAUGAAAAUAACAAUUUAAUUAGAUUAUUUUUCCUAUAAAACUGACAUGAAUUAAAUUCAAUUAGGACAAAUUCAUUCUGGGAAAUACAAAAAGCUAACCGAAGUAGAAGUAGACUUGGUGGGUAAAUAGAGCAGGUUCACUGAUAUUAAAUGAAAACUAUUCAUCACAAGAUAUCUCCUGGAAUCAUAAAGUAAUUAUUGAACAGUAAGAGUAAACAUUUCAGCCAUUACCUUGCAGUUUAUCUGAAAACAAUGACCAAAGGUUAUUAAGUUAAAGUGGAUUCACAGUAUUUGGGAACUGCACACAUUCUGUCAUGAUGUGCAAUGCAGUGGAGAUGUCCGUUCCAGUCACAAUAAAUUAUAAUGUUGCCAUCUGGUGAAAAUGUUGCCUGUGUGUCCCUAGUUUGGAUACUUAUGGAUUGAAGCUGCUGAUUUUUGAUCUUUCAUUUUGUUUUUUCACAGAAAAUACAAUUAUGCAGUAUUCUAUUCCUUUCAGUGUGCAAAAGCCUUUGCAGCAUUUAGACCAUCAUGUGGCUUUAAACAUUUUCUAUGAAUGUCAGGAAAACAAUACAACAUUUAUUCAUACGUGCAGGGAGCCUCAUUAAAGUCUUGUUGGAAUCCGUUCAGGUUAAAGACAGUAUUGAUCAAUAAGAGGUGUAGUAUUGAUCAAUUGUACAACAAAUGUAUAAUCAAACUACAUCAUAUCAGAGUUGGAUGACACUAACUCAAGUAUACUCGCUUAAA